UCCACUCAUCUGAUCUCCCUCUUCCAUCAAUCCAUCCACUCGAUCCUCUCCUACUCUUGUUCUCUUAACGCGCACAACUCUCUCUUCUUCUCGCACGUCUCCCCCCAUCCGCUCAUCUCCUCUCCCUCAUCUAAUCCAUCUUCAAGGUCGUUUACCACUGCACUGCUGCCUUGUUCUUGUACCUCCCUCUCUCAACACCCACCCACAAGGAGCGCUGGGCCACCGCUCCCUUGGACGCGUCCUCACCAUGAGUACCGCUCCACUAUCCGUGUGCCCUCGCAGUGGUGUCGAUGCCGCUGCGGCUUCCGGUCCUGCUCCGAGUAAGGCCGUCCUCAAAAGCUCUCGGGCCCGCCCGAUCAAGACGCAGCGCGGCUGGGGCAACCUUCCAAGCCAUCCGCUCCAACUGAUCCUCACUGAGGCCAUCAAGAAUCUCAACCUUGAACAUGCCCAUCGUGUACCAGAGACGGCCCAUUUCGCUGCGCUCGCCAUGGUCCGUCGCAAUUGGCUCUCGGAGAUGCGGCUUGUCUCGAGCGGAUGGUCCCAGACCGUAAAAUCGCAUCCUUUCUGGGGAGAACUCAUCACAACGAUGCGUCCGGAGUUGGCGGGCGUUUCAGGCAGCCCGACAUUCCACACCGCGCACAUGAUGACCAAGGAUGUCUGUUUCGCCUGUCGCAUCUCUUGUCCAUCACGCCGUCAUCUCAAAGCGUUAUACCGCGUCCCGGCGCUAAACAUGCGGCCUCUCCCUACAUGCGAUGUCCACUUUGGCCAAUUCUGUUCGCAGUGCCUUCGCGUGCAGAAUGCCGACUUGCGUGCCGAGCCCAACCAUUUCCUCCGCCGACCGGUCUAUGGAGACGUGGACGAGCACGGCAUCCCUCGCAACUGUGAGGGUUUGCUCUGCGCCCCGUGUCGAGACAUCGCCUUCAAUGCGGCGCUUCGCCGCGACCUCGAAGCCUGCUCACGGGGAGGCGCCGUUCGGGGACUCGACAACCCGUGGAUGCAAACAGUUGCCUACAAGGAGCACGUCUUUUUUGGCGUUGGCCGCUCCGACUUCAUGGCACGCCAGGCUGUAGAUGACUGGUUCCUCCUGCAGCAUACGCCAUACAACCAACUCGUUCAGGAGAUCGGCACCGUCCAGGCCAUUCUCCGCAAGCAGAAGGUCUUGCUCUACGAAAGUAGAGUCAUUCAAUCGGCACCACUAGAGCUGGCCCAGAUUUCGAGGAUCGUCUGGAGCGUGUUUGACGAGGAAGACCAGGUCGCUUUCGACCUGUCACGCCUGUGUCGUCUCUGGGUCCUCGAGAUGGAGAACAAAGCCUACGGUGAUUACGAGUAUCGCCUCGACGUGGAAAGGAUGAGGCACAACAUGAGUGCCACCGCAUUAUGGCCGUGGCUUCGUGAAAAGGCGGUACAGCGUGCUGUCGAGCUUUGGGCCCAAGCCCGCUUCCUCAACGGGUACUGGGUCAUGCCCUCGGACGAGAUUGAACAAAUGCUCGACCCCAGCCAAACCGUCCACACGCCUCUUCAUGAGAUCGCGUGCAAUGUCUCCCGAACGUCGGAGUACGGCAAUCCACUGGACCGCUGGCAUCACGGGACUGGCCGAUUCCGGUACCACUCGAACCUCCCCGAUGCGCGUCACCGCGAGCGUCAGAUUGCCCAACAGUUUCUUCCUCCAGAUCGCCUGUUGCAAAUGAUGAACAUGCGCUUCAUCGAAGUCGUUGCUCUGCGGAUGGACGCCGCUUUGGCGGAGGUUGUCAGGCCAUUCACGCGCCUCCCGUAUGAUGAGUUCGAUCGCAUUGAAGCACACCUCGAUACUUUCACAGUGCCGCAGAUCAUCACUUUGCUGGAAGAGCCGUACCCUUGGUUCGAAGCCGAAGACCCGACGGGCCGGUGGCCCAUCACGAUCUUCCCCCUUCCUCCCGCCUCUAACGUGACCGCGGCAUCAACCAUUUCCGAGGAGGAGGAGCCAGAGGAGCAAAGUCUCGCCAAGGAGGACGACGUGACGUCUGAGGGGCAGCAGCGUGGGGCAGGCAGCGAUGUCGACAACAAAUCCCGCCAAGACGAUGGACUCCCAAAGCCAAGCCACCAAACCGAGCCUAUUGUCGAGGUCGUGGCCAGCACGGACGACCUUCCGAACUGUUACGGAAUUGUUGAUGGUUGGAGCACUACAUCAAACGAGCACGGCGAGUAUGGCGCAGUCGAGGACCACGAGGAUUGUGUGAGCGAUCGCAGCGGACUAGAGUCGGCUGCCGAUUGGAGCAGUCCGUCCUCCAGGCUGAGCAGUUUGAAGCAGUCGGAUGAUGAGGCGGCCUCGCACGCGCCUGGACAACGGAGUAGACUCGGGUCUGGACAGACAUCGCAUUCUGGCGGCUCGUCCAACACUGCGUUAAUUACUCCGGACGAUAGCCCCCCACUGCUCGCUCACGAGCGCAUCCGAGUCGCAGAGGACGACGACGCCACAACGGAUACGACUCCCAUCGCUUCGUUGAGGGUUAUCACGACUUCACCAGGUAGUUCACCAAGACUUGGUAAGCGCAAGUCGCCCGACGACGACGACUUGAUUCGUCCGCCCCGUAACGUCGCGUCGAUAGGCACGCCGUCCCGCCCAGAUGACUGGAGCAGUCGUGAUACCGCCUCCCCGGCUACAUCACCGAGACUCGGGAAGCGCAAGUCGCCCGACGAUGACGAGCUGGUUCGUCCGCCUCGCAAGUGCGGAUUGAACGGCGUGCGGUCACGCUCGGCCAGCCCGAGCAGCUGCGAUGACACGGAGGAGGAUGGUGUGGAGGGCUCUGACAAGAUGGAGCAGCAUCAGGGAAAGCCGACUUCGGCCAGCACCGAAAUUUCAGGCGUGGACCAACCGGCGGUAGAUGCUGCCAUGAACCACGGGAUGACCAAGAACGAGGCGAAACUCAACGCCGACGCUGGCAAGCGAGACUCUGAGUCGUUGUCGAUCAAGGACGAAGGCCUUUCUGAGGCGCUCUCGUCGGCCCAAGAUUCACCUUCCGGCGUCGUUAAGGUUGCCCGCGCAGUUGGUGUCCCGGAGGGGGCCUGGACUCGCGCUGAGUCGGAGUGCUCGGAGCUUUACGACUCACUCUCCGAGGCCUCUAUGGACUCCGACAAGUUGGCUGAGGUCCCGUCUGUCCCGCCACCGUGGGCCAAGCUCGGCCCGGGCGUCGAGGACCUUUUGGAGAGCACGUGGUACCGCUCGCGUGAGCUGCUGCGGAUAUGUCGCUGUGGCAUCUGCAUGCGUGCGAAGUAUGCUGCUGAAGCGAUGCGUCAGAAUUAUGAUGUGGAAGACGACAUUAUGAUAAUGCCCCCCCUGCGGAUUGCGUAGGUCUUAGGACGGAAACUUGG